AUGACACUCUCUCAAGACUCUCCACAGCAGGAAGACAACUCUCCCGGUCCUAGCUCCAGGAAACGUACGAUCGGCACCGCCCAACCCAAAUCGAGCCCGAGUCCGCCGUCAAGCCCGAAGCCCCCGAAAGGUCCAUGGUGGACCGGUGUUGAGGAUGUAAUAAGGGACGCCGGGACCGGAAAGGAGAAGCAGCGCUGUCCAUAUGAGCUCAAGACUAUUCUCAAGCAAACAGAUGGGCAGAUCCCCAUUGCCCUGCAUUGCGUCGAGUUCUUCCCCUUCGUGGGACCUCGACGGCCCAAGCAGACUUUGACGGACCGAAGUUGGGAUAAGUGGGAGGGAGCUGCAGCAUACUGCGGGGGAACGAAGGUGUGGAUCGGGCGGUGCAAAGAUAGUCGGGAAGGGUCCUGCUGGGAGCCUAUCUGGCAGGUAUCUGUCGACCGACCUGCCGGUCAGAAUGCGGACGAGCUGUACCAUGUCACAUGGACGGUCAACCCGUUCAAUCUUCACCCCGUCGUUAUCGUCGGCGGCAAGCUCGGUCUGAUCUACGUCCUGGACCCGGUAUCGAAGCGUCUCGUACGCACCCUCAAAGGUCAUGGCGACGAGGUACAGGCCGUCGCCAUUUGUCCCAAAUUUCCCCAUAUCAUUGCCUCGGCAUCCCGCGAUCACACCAUACGGAUCUGGAAUCUCUACGGCUAUGAUGUCGAGCUCCAGGGUCCGACCGAUCUGCCGAAUCAGAACUACCCUAUGGGCGAUGCGGACGAGGGAAAUCACGUCGUGGCGAUCCUUGCGGGAAAUUGGCCCGGCGGACACAGGGACGACGUUUGCACCCUAGCGUGGCACCCAGUUCACAGAGCUAUCGCAUCCGCCAGCCGAGAUCAUAGCAUCAAAAUCUGGGCUCUUCCCGCCCUUCCUUCUCCAGUCAUCGCUAAGCCUGCGCGGAGCUAUAGGCCGGUAAUGGUCUCCUCGCCCAUAUUCUCAACAAAUCAAGUCGAACCAGCGGACUCGCUAUUCUGGCUCAAUCAUGACAUCCUCGUAUCCCGCAACGUCAUGUCUAUUAUUACGUUUCAAUGGCUGAGCUAUCGGCGGUACUUCGAACCAGGUACAUUUGAGCCACUUGGCGAUACGGUGAUGCCAGUGGCGGAUCCGGCUCACUGGCAUGAUAUCGAAGAUUCCCGUUCUUUGUCUGUCAUCUCGACCGAGGAAGUGAACGGCCGGUAUUGCUACUUCCGAGCCGGAUUUCAUGCUGCUUAUACACCAACUCCCGCCGAAGAGGCCGAGCACGCUCGGAACCCCAAUCUCGUCCAGGACUUCCUCGUCGCAGCGCCGUCGGGUUCCCCAUUACCCGAGAUCAUCCUGUAUGCUCCGGCAAUCGCUGAGCCGGACGCCGAGCCGGAGCUGGUGAUUAAGCCUCGAAUGGACAUAAUGGACUUCGACGAGUUCGACAGCGACUCGGAGGGGGAAGUGGUUGGCGCUGGUGAUGGGGCGGGACCGAGCAAGGCUGCGACUCCCAAGCGGGAUAAGGGAGAGGGGACGACAGCGGGGUCUACGUCCGCCAGGCGGUCAGGCAACAGGGGAGCGGGGAGAACGACCCAGUCUUCCGCCCGAUCCAGUACCCGUACGCCAGGGAAGCUGAAUCACGCUCACAUCGAUGCCGGCUCGGACCAUCUCCCCAACUCCGAUCGCAAGGACCCGUCCUCCCCCGCCCUAUUAUUCGAGCACAAACCCUCCUCGGCGCCUGCACCCGUACCCGCGCUUCCUCCGCCUAUCGAGAUACCCACCCGCCCUCAGGCGGACGUCUAUCGAUGGAGUCUGCAGGCGAGGGGAUGGAAGCGGGUGGUCGCGAAUCAUCAAAGGACCGGCACGUAUCACCUGCAGCUGCCGGAUCCGAGCGGGGAGACGUCGGUGAUUGCGUGUUGUGCGAUCUCGCCCAGGGGUGCAAAGUGGGUCUUGGGGGUAGGACAGGCCGAGAGUCUGUUUGUGUGGCGGUUGAGGGAUGCGCAGAGGGGAUUGAAGGAUGAGGAAGGUGUUUUGGGGAGAGGGGAGAUAUAG